AUGGCGUCCAAAUGCUUGUCCUGUAGUAAAGGUGUCACUACUCGUUCGAAGGCAGUGCAGUGCUCUGAAUGUGAUGGGUGGAUGCACAUUGCCUGCUGCGGCAUCUGUCCUGAUCAAUAUGUGCUCUUGCAGCGUUUCACCUCGCCAGCAGUUAACUUCUUUUGUGACAACUGCCGUGCUUCAUUGAACUGCAGGCGUCUUCUCGCCGGAUUAUCUGCGUUGAGCCUUGAUUCUUCUUCUCCGACGAAGCCUGAUGCUAUUCGCGAUACCCCUGCUCCACCGUGCUCACCAUCACCAUCUAACUCCGGUUGGAUCACCCCCAUGGGUAAGCGAAGCCGAACGACGUCCACUACUCAGUCGGAUCCAUCUACAAAGGUCCUGCCCAUUGAGCCCUCAACAAGGUCUUAUGCCGCAGUUGUGAAGGAAAGCGUGAUCUCAGUUCCUAUUUUCAAAAGCCCAACUACAAGUGGUGCCAAGACUAGGCCUAAGCCCGUCGAGAAACCAAAACCUAAGCUAUCAUCUCAGUCUCAAAUGAAGCUAGUUCUGGACAGAUUAUCCGAGCUUGAGAAAGUAGUCAAGGAAAAUCCGUCCCUUAGCAAGCCGCAAGUUCCUGAGCGCACCCAGCCAUCUCGCGACCGUUGUCUCAUCAUCAUGAACGCAGCGGAAUCGGGAAAAACAACCUCUGCGGAAAGAAUACUCGAUGACCAAACACUGCUCGAGCGGAUGAUCUCGUUGCUAUUUGAUGAAGGCGAACAGGGGAUCAAUAUUGUAUCUGCCUUUCGUCUUGGUAAGAAACAAGAAGAUACCUCGAGAAAUCGCCCACUUAAAAUCGUUUGCCGGGAUGCGGAGGAAUGCCGACGCAUCCUGCGAAGGACCUCGCGUCUCAAAGGUGAGCCAUACUACGUACUUCGUGACCUCUCUCCGGAGGAUCGAGUCAAAAUGAAAAAGGCUGUAGAAGAACUCCGUACUAGACGGGGGAGUGGUGAAACAGACCUCCAUAUUGUGGAUUUUCGAGUAGUUCGGAGGACUCCGAAAACCCGUUGGAGGCCCAUCCUACUCACCCCUGGACAGUAA